CAUUUUCAUUUUCUCCAGCCAACGUUGUCAUCAUCACCACCUUUACAAAAGGCUCUCCCUCUUGAGUGGUUCGUGACUUCGUGAAUAAGCUCUGGCCUUUGGGUUUUGAUUAAGGCUCACAUUAAAAAGAAAAAGUGUGGGUGCAAUGCCCGGUUGCAUACAUGUGCAUUUCAUGUAUCUUAAGCCUAUAAUAGCCCUAUACCACUAAUAUUGUUGUUGUUAUUCCUUUCUUGUUCUUUCUUCCAUCCUCCAAUAUAAGAGGACCACUCUAAAUGUUCUAUCAUUAAUGGAAAUCCUAAAUAUCCAUUACAGGGUGUUAUGUUGAUCCCAUGAUGAUUGUCCAGAGUCUGCUCCUCUCAAUUAUAUGGGGUUCAUCGGUGUUAGAUGGAGGAAACCAAUUAGAGAGCUCCUUUCUUCAAACCCCAGAUGAAUAAGUUAUGAAGUAUUGAUUGGAGCUAGCUGAGGAGAGGGAUUUUCAAUCAUUGAAUCCAAUGGAGAAACCAGCAGAGCAGCCACAAGCAGGGCAGACAAGCCUGCCUCAGAAGAAGAUGACAAAACAGUUGACUGGAAAACGUGACGAUACGCCUUUGCAUACUGCGGCAAGAGAAGGGAAUCUUACUGCUGUAACAGAAAUCUUUAGUGGCACCGGAGAGGCUGAAUUGAAGGAAUUGUUGGAAAAGCAAAAUCAAGCUGGUGAGACAGCCCUUUAUGUUGCAGCAGAAUAUGGUUAUGUUGAUUUGGUUAGGGAGAUGAUCAAGUACUAUGAUCUUGCUGAUGCUGGCAUUAAAGCAAGAAAUGGCUUUGAUGCAUUCCACAUUGCUGCAAAACAAGGGGACUUGGAGAUAUUGAAGGUCUUAAUGGAGGUCCAUCCAGAAUUGUCUAUGACCGUGGAUGGAUCAAACACCACGGCUUUGCACACUGCUGCAACACAAGGGCACAUUGAGAUAGUGAAUUUUUUGUUAGAGGCAGAAAGUAGCCUGGCAACCAUUGCUAGAAGCAAUCAGAAGACUGCCUUGCACUCUGCAGCGCGAAAUGGGCAUUUGGAGGUUGUGAAAGCACUUCUGGAAAAGGAGCCUGGGAUUACCAAACGGACUGAUAAGAAGGGGCAGACUGCACUACACAUGGCAGUGAAGGGACAGAGUAGUGAGGUGGUGGGGGAGCUGAUUAAGGCAGAUCCUUUGACGGUAAACAUAGUUGAUAAUAAGGGCAACACCGCGUUGCAUAUAGCAACCAGGAAAGGUAGAGCUCAGAUUGUGAAGAUGCUUCUCGAACACAAUGAGACAGACACAAAAGCCGUUAACAGGACUGGUGAAACUGCCACUGACACUGCAGAGAAAACUGGCCAAGCUGAUGUUGCAGCCCUUCUUCAGGAUUAUGGGGUUCAGAGCGCCAAAAACCUCAGGCCUCAAGCACCAAGCACUGCCCGUGAGUUGAAACAAACGGUUAGUGACAUAAAGCAUGAAGUCCAUGACCAGCUAGAUCAGACCCGGCAGACCAGAAAACGUGUUCGAGGCAUAGCCCACCGUAUCAACAAAAUGCACACAGAAGGUCUCAACAAUGCAAUCAACUCCACAACUGUUGUAGCUGUCCUCAUUGCCACAGUCGCAUUUGCAGCCAUAUUCACAGUCCCUGGGCAAUAUGUUGACGACCCAGAAAACAUUCCUCCUGGAGUCUCCCUAGGGGAAGCAAAUAUUGCUCCCCAAGUGCCAUUUAUUAUCUUCAUCAUCUUUGAUUCCAUUGCACUCUUUAUUUCUCUGGCAGUUGUGGUGGUGCAGACCUCAGUGGUAGUCAUAGAAAGCAAGGCAAAGAAGCAAAUGAUGGCAGUUAUCAACAAGCUAAUGUGGUUGGCUUGUGCACUUGUUUCAGUGGCAUUCUUGGCUCUGUCAUUUGUUGUGGUCGGUGAGAGUGAAAGGUGGCUGGCAAUUGGAGUAACAAUUAUAGGAACAACCAUAAUGGCCGCUACUUUGGGUACUAUGUGUUAUUGGGUCAUUAGGCAUCGGAUUGAGGCCUCCAAUAUGAGGAACAUUCGGAGAAAAUCAUCACUUGGCAGUGGAUCAAGAUCCUUGUCACUGUCAGUGAUGUCAGACUCUGAGAUCCUCAACGGUGAGUACAAGAAUAUGUAUGCAAUUUGAGACACUCCCUACGCCAGAUAAGUUUUUAGCAUUCGGCAUAAGAGAUCUCUAUGCUUAUAUAUAAGUUGACAUCUAAAAUGUAUAUUUCUUGAAGAGUUGAUCAUACUUUUUUCUCUUCAAAAAAGUUUACUCAUUACUAUGUCAGUUUAGUGA